GCCCGGGGAGGAGGAGCGGGAUCGGGAGCGGGAUCGGCCCUUCCCCGCCGCCGGGGCGAGGCCGGAGCGGAGCGGGGCGGGGGUGGCCGGGUCCGGCCCAUGGACCGUCCGUGCCCGAGGCGGAGCCCGUGGAAGGAGCCGCUCGGCCGCGGGAGGCGGCGCGGGGCGGCUGAGCGCGGCUGAGCCCCGGGGCCUUCGCUUCUCCCCGUCCCGUCCGUGCCCCGCGCCCGCCGCCCGAGCGGCACCAUGUCGGCCAAGGUGCGGCUGAAGCGGCUGGAGCAGCUGGUGCUGGACGGGCCGCAGCGGCACGACAGCGUGCUGAGCGUGGAGACCCUGCUCGACCUCCUGGUCGGCGUCUACGCCGAGUGCAGCCGCGACUCGCCGCUCCGCCGCGACCGAUACGUGUCCGACUUCCUCGAGUGGGCAAARCCAUUUACAAAAUUGGUAAAGGAAAUGCAACUCCAUCGAGAUGACUUUGAAAUUAUAAAAGUGAUCGGAAGGGGUGCAUUUGGAGAGGUUGCUGUUGUUAAAAUGAAGUGUACAGAGCGCAUUUAUGCAAUGAAAAUUCUCAAUAAAUGGGAAAUGCUUAAAAGGGCAGAGACAGCUUGCUUCCGAGAGGAGAGAAAUGUCUUGGUGAAUGGAGAUUGUCAGUGGAUUACUACAUUGCACUAUGCCUUUCAAGAUGAGAACUAUUUGUAUCUAGUGAUGGACUACUAUGUUGGUGGUGACUUGCUGACACUUCUCAGUAAGUUUGAAGACAAGCUUCCUGAAGAUAUGGCUAGAUUCUACAUUGGUGAAAUGGUGCUUGCUAUACAUUCCAUACAUGAGCUGCAUUAUGUGCACAGGGACAUAAAGCCUGAUAAUGUUCUUUUGGACAUGAAUGGCCACAUACGACUGGCAGACUUUGGGUCCUGUCUGAAAAUGAGUGAAGAUGGCACAGUACAGUCAUCAGUAGCAGUGGGUACUCCUGACUACAUCUCUCCUGAGAUACUGCAAGCAAUGGAAGAUGGAAUGGGGAAAUACGGGCCUGAGUGUGACUGGUGGUCACUGGGUGUCUGCAUGUAUGAAAUGCUGUAUGGUGAAACACCCUUCUAUGCGGAGUCGCUAGUGGAAACCUAYGGGAAGAUUAUGAAUCAUGAAGAACGAUUUCAGUUUCCAUCCCAUGUUACAGAUGUAUCUGAAGAAGCAAAAGAUCUUAUUCAGCGACUGAUCUGCAGCAGGGAGCGUAGACUGGGACAGAAUGGAAUAGAGGAUUUUAAAUCUCAUGCAUUUUUUGAAGGACUUAAUUGGGAUAACAUCCGAAACCUAGAAGCACCUUAUAUUCCAGAAGUUAGCAGUCCUUCUGACACCUCGAACUUUGAUGUAGAUGAUGACGUGCUGAGAAAUCCAGAAGUGGUGCCACCAAGUUCUCACACUGGCUUUUCUGGAUUGCAUUUACCAUUCGUUGGGUUUACAUAYACAACUGAUAGCUCRUUAUCUGAUAGAGGCACUUUAAAGAAUGUGCUGCAGUCUGACACUGUAACCAAAGAUACAGAUGUACAGCGAGAUUUAAAGAACUCUUCACAAAUAGAAGGUUAUGAAAAGAAAAUACGGAAAUUGGAGCAAGAAAAGCAGGAUUUGAACAGGAAACUACAAGAAUCUACACAGACAGUGCAGAACCUCCAAGGUCCAGUGUGUGUUACAGCAAACACAAGCCGUGAUAAGGAGAUAAAAAAAUUAAAUGAAGAAAUUGAACGAUUGAAGAACAAAUUAACAGAUAUAGGUAAACUGGAAGCACAGCUUGCAGAUGCAGUGGCUUUUCGACAAGAACAUGAAGACUCCAUACACAAGUUGAAAGGACUGGAAAAACAGUGCAGAGUACUGAGGCAAGAAAAGGAGGAUCUUCAUAAGCAACUUGUAGAAGCCUCAGAAAGAUUAAAGAUGCAGUCCAAAGAACUGAGAGAUGCCCACCAACAGAGGAAGCUGGCUGUGCAGGAGUUCUCUGAGCUCAGUGAGAGGAUGGGGGACCUGAGGUCCCAAAAGCAGAAGCUGUCCCGGCAACUUCGCGACAAAGAGGAAGAGUUGGAAGUGAGCAUGCAGAAAGUUGAUGCUCUGCGACAGGACAUCCGUAAAUCGGAGAAGAUGAGAAAAGAGCUGGAAGCCCAACUUGAAGAAGUCGUAGCAGAAGCAUCAAAAGAACGCAAGCUCCGUGAGCACAGCGAGGUUUUCUCCAAACAACUGGAAAAUGAACUGGAAGCUCUAAAGUUGAAGCAGGGAGGCCGGGCAGCUGGUGCCACACUAGAACAUCAACAGGAGCUUUCCAAAGUUAAGUCUGAGCUGGAAAAGAAAAUCUUAUUUUAUGAAGAGGAGUUAGUCCGACGAGAAGCAUCACAUGUUUUGGAAGUAAAAAAUGUGAAAAAGGAAGUACAUGAUUCAGAGAGCCAUCAGCUUGCACUUCAGAAAGAGAUCAUGAUAUUAAAGGAUAAAUUAGAGAAAACAAAGCGAGAGAGGCACAGUGAAAUGGAGGAAGCAAUAGGAACAAUGAAGGAGAAAUAUGAGCGUGAAAGAUCUAUGCUCUUGGAAGACAACAAAAAGCUAACAACAGAAAAUGAGAGGCUAUGCUCCUUCGUGGACAAGCUAACAGCACAGAAUAGACAGCUGGAAGAUGAGCUCCAAGAUCUAGCAGCAAAGAAGGAGUCUGUUGCUCACUGGGAAGCUCAGAUUGCAGAAAUUAUUCAGUGGGUAAGUGAUGAGAAGGAUGCUCGUGGCUAUCUCCAAGCAUUAGCUUCCAAGAUGACAGAAGAACUAGAAUCAUUGAGAAGUUCCAGUUUGGGGUCACGAACACUGGAUCCACUAUGGAAAGUGCGACGCAGUCAGAAGUUGGAUAUGUCAGCGAGGCUGGAAUUACAGUCUGCCCUUGAUGCAGAAAUUCGUGCCAAACAACUAGCUCAAGAAGAGCUACGGAAAGUUAAAGAUAUAAACAUAUCUUUAGAAAGUAAAUUAAAGGAAUCAGAAGCAAAGAAUAGAGAACUGUUGGAAGAGGUAGACAGUUGGAAGAAAAAAAUGGAAGAAAAAUACAGAACAGAUUCAGGUCUCAAACUUCCAGAUUUUCAAGAUUCCAUUUUUGACUAUUUCAACACCUCUCCUCUUGCACGUGAUUUGACUUUCAGAACCAGCUCUAUUAGUGAGCAGGAAAUGCAGGGUCCCAAGUCAGAAGUUUCACCAUCUACUUCAGUUGUAACUGCAGAGCAGCAACAAGAAGAACCAAUUCGGCUUCAGAGGAUGCCUGCUGCUCCUUCCCCCACCAUUCAGUCCAUUUCUCUAGCUGUACCAAAGCCUAAAGCUCACCAGCUCAAUAUCAAGUCCUUCACAAGCCCCACUCAGUGUAGUCAUUGCACGUCUCUUAUGGUGGGAUUAGUUCGACAAGGUUAUGCCUGUGAUGUGUGUUCAUUUGCAUGCCAUGUUUCCUGCAAGGACAGUGCACCUCAGGUCUGCCCUAUACCCCCUGAACAAGCCAAAAGGCCUCUUGGAGUAGAUGUGCAAAGAGGAAUAGGAACCGCCUAUAAAGGCUAUGUCAAGGUCCCAAAGCCUACGGGAGUUAAGAAAGGGUGGCAGAGGGCUUAUGCAGUUGUCUGUGACUGUAAACUGUUCUUAUAUGAUGUGCCUGAAGGAAAAUCUACCCAGCCUGGAGUUGUGGCAAGUCAAGUCUUGGAUCUCAGAGAUGAAGAUUUUUGUGUGAGCUCUGUCCUAGCAUCGGAUGUAAUACACGCAACUCGUAAAGACAUCCCUUGUAUAUUCAGGGUGACAGCUUCUCUCUUAGGUUUGCCUUCAAAGUCUUGUUCUCUACUGAUCCUGACAGAAAAUGAGAACGAAAAGAGAAAGUGGGUUGGAAUCCUCGAAGGGUUGCAGUCUAUCCUGCACAAAAACAGGCUGAGGAACCAGGUUGUGCAUAUUCCACAAGAAGCCUAUGACAGUACACUGCCUCUUAUUAAAGCAAGUUUAGCUGCUGCUAUUGUAGAUCGAGAUAGAAUAGCAAUUGGUUCAGAAGAAGGACUGUAUGUGAUAGAGGUGACCCGUGACGUGAUAGUUCGAGCUGCUGACUGCAAGAAGGUGUACCAGAUAGAGCUUGCUCCCAAAGAGAAAAUUAUCAUCCUCAUCUGUGGUCGGAACCAUCACGUCCACCUUUACCCCUGGGCUUCUCUGGAUGGGUCAGAAGGGAACUUUGACAUUAAGCUUGCAGAAACUAAAGGCUGCCAAUUGAUUACAACUGGAACACUAAAGAAGAGUUCUUCUACUUGUUUGUUUGUGGCUGUCAAACGACAGGUUUUUUGCUAUGAAAUUCACAGAACUAAACCUUUCCACAAAAAAUUCAGUGAAAUUCAGGCUCCAGGAAUUGUACAGUGGAUGACUGUGUUCAAGGACAAGCUCUGUGUUGGCUACCAGUCUGGGUUCUCUCUGUUGACCAUCCAGGGAGAUGGACAAUCUAUAAACCUGGUAAAUCCUAAUGACCCCUCGCUUAUCUUCCUCUCACAGCAGUCUUUUGAUGCCCUUUGUGCUGUGGAGCUCAGUAAUGAGGAAUACCUGCUUUGCUUCAGCCAUAUGGGAGUUUACGUCGAUUCGCAAGGUCGAAGGUCACGCAUGCAGGAACUAAUGUGGCCUGCAACUCCUGUUGCCUGUAGUUGCAAUUCUUCAUAUGUAACAGUGUAUAGCGAAUAUGGUGUUGAUGUUUUUGAUGUUAACACUAUGGAAUGGGUCCAGACUAUUGGCCUGCGAAGGAUCAGACCAUUGAACAUGGAUGGCACACUGAACCUCCUUAAUUGUGAGCCGCCAAGGYUAAUAUAUUUCAAGAACAAGUUUGCAGCAGGAGCUGGCCUCAGUGUACCAGAAACGUCUGACAACAGCAAGAAGCAAAUGCUUCGAACCAGGAGCAAAAGAAGAUUUGUAUUUAAGGUUCCUGAGGAGGAGCGGUUACAACAAAGGCGGGAAAUGCUUAGAGACCCUGAGCUAAGGUCAAAGAUGAUUUCUAACCCAACGAAUUUCAACCACGUGGCUCAUAUGGGACCAGGAGAUGGAAUGCAGGUCCUCAUGGACCUCCCACUGAGUGUCCUACCUCCUGCACAGGAUGAGAAGACCUGUCCAUCUUCAGCUAACCUGUCACGGCAGCAACAGCAACAGAGAAACAAAACCUACAUCUCGUGGCCCUCAUCAAGUGGCAGUGAUGUGGGAGCAACCAUGCCUUCCCGAAGUAUGUCCGACCCUGACCAGGAGUUUGACAAAGAGCCUGAUUCAGACUCCACCAAACACUCUACUCCAUCUAACAGCUCAAAUCCAAGUGGUCCCCCAAGUCCCAACUCUCCUCAUAGGAAUCAGCUUACACUAGAUGGACUGGACCAGUCGACCUGUGAYGCGUAACGCUGCCGCUCUCACCAUUCCGGCUCCGGUCAUCCACUACUCCGUGGUGUUCAACAGCAGGGCAAAGCUGUCUCAGAUGCUAGUGCCAAGACUGACACAGACUCUCUAGUGUUGUACAAGAAUAAUUAUAUAUCCAGAUUGUAGAUACAAACUAUGGAAAUGAAGAAAAUUCUUUACUAAUAGCAAUUGAGCUUUUUACGCAGAAUUGUUCACUGCUCAGUUACGGUUGAUUCCUUUCCGCACAGCUGUGACACGGUUUUAUUGCAUAGGAGCAUUUAAGGCCACCGGUAAAUAGUCUUAUUCUUAUGGUGAAAGAGAAAUAGAGAGAGUUACUGAUAAUGUUGCUACAAUAUCAGGAAUAUUAUUUUUCUAUAGAGUGACGUAAUGUCUGAUUAGCAGGAAAUCCUUUUAGACAGAAUUUGGACUUCUAAAUAGGAAAUGUGAGCGGGUCUAGUUACAUCCUCAGAUGAAUACACUUUUCCCUUUUUCCUGUAACUGUUUUUUUCCUAAAUCUUAAAGGAGAAUGGUAGGAAGCUGUAGGUCAUUUCCAACAUCAAUAGAAUCACCAGGAAGUCAAAGAAAAGUUGGUUAUAGUUUUGUGGCCUUUUAAUUCAUUUAGCCAUUACAUACACAGCUGCAUAACUGUCUUGCUAUCUUUCUACCAACUUUUUAGUCUUGUACAUAGGACUAUUGCCAGUUAUCUCUUUACUCAUUCCCUGCUUUUUAGUCCUCAUCCAUCAGUCAUUAGUCAGGGCUCUUAAAAUACUGGUAAUUACUGCUGUGAAAAGAUUUUACUCCUAGGUCCUGCCUUUCUCCUCCUGAGAAGUCAUUUCUCCUGGGUUUUUGGUGUAAGGACACACUACGCUGUUUAGCUAGCAAGCCUUCUCRUGGACACAUUGCCCUUGGAGUCUGCUUGACCUAAGGGACUGUAUCGCACUAAAACAUCAGUCUGUUUAUUGGUUACCAAAGUGGAACGUGAAGGAUGUGUAACUGGGGGUGCUGCUUUUCUCAUUAAUUGUAUCCUCACCUGCAUGAAGACCCCAUGAUUAUUAAUCAAGUAUUGAUCAUGUAGAAAAAUGCACAACACACUCCUGUAUAUUUUGCGAUGGCCCACGUGCGGUGAUGUUUUGCGUGUAUAUUUAAUCUCAUGCUUCCAUGUAUUAUACAUUUAGUAYUCAAAGAUUUGUGACCAUGUUUCAUUAAAAGCUUGUAAUUAAUUCAGUGGCUGGCAUAUCCAGUUUGUCAUUGUCACACUAGUGUGCCUUCUGUGCCAAUUYUAUGACAGUUGGAUGUCACUUAUUUAAAAUUCAGUUUAAAUGGGCUAAUGAUAUACCAAUGGCUAAUGUUCUUUUUUGAAACACUGUAUAGGACGUGCACUUAUCUUUAGUUUAAACUGAGUGUUCUAGUCAACAUUUAAUCCUGUUACGUUAAGUGUUCGACAGUACUUGCUCUUUUUCUCAGAUUCUUGAUAAAGGGGCUCAGUUAGAGCUGGACACUACUGCUUUGGGGGUUUUCUGGUUUUUACUUUUUUAAUGUAAGUCUAAGUCUUUGUAAUUAUUGAAAUGUGAGAACAUUUUUGAACAAUUUACAUGUCAAUAAAGCAGAAGAGGGAGGUUUUAAAGUU